CUAGAGAGAAUGCAGCGUUAACACAUGAAGCUUUGACUUCACUUGGCAGAACCGGAGGUUGCCUCCUGAACCCGACACACUGGCUUCUUCUUGUUGUCGUCCUGAUAUCCGAGAAGUUUCUCACCAACGACAAUGCAUAUAAAUUUCAAUCAAUUAAUCAAUCAAAGUCUUAUUUGUGCAGCACCUUUCAAAGUGCUGCACAAAUGAUAAAACUGCUGGAAAAACUAGCUUAAGCUUUUUUAGUGACAUCUGCAAAUGACGAAUAACUUUUAAAAGAGACCCCCAAACAUUUUGCUAUUGAGGCUUUCAGGGGGUCUCAUGACAUCAUCGAGCCCCACGUACAGGAAUAACCCACAUCAAGCUGAUCCAGAGCUCUUUAUAACUCACCCUGACGUAUUCCCUUUCAUCAUCCAUAUUCAUCCGUCAGCUUUAAAAUGCAAUCUGCUUGUAAUCAAUUUGUUCCAUUCAGUUAGCUGCAUGUUGACAUUUGUUGACAUUUACAUUUCUUUGGUAAAGGCAGCGCACGGAGAAGAAGAAGAGACAGCCCACUGUAGGAAGGGAUGCUCCUGUAAAGGAGCUGUAUGGAGCCCUCUAGAUUAUACGGUCAUGUGAACAGAUGCUUAGAGGCGAUACAUCAUCGUAGGAUGCAUGAUUUAGCUCGUUGUGCUGGUUUAUGAAUGAUGUAUGCACAGUGGAGUAGUGCUAUAUUCACAUUUAACUUCUAAACAUUACAAAGGUCAAUGCAAAUCUAAACAUUCACAGACUGACCGUGAAGGUUGCUUCUUCCUGUGGAACAAUAAACGUUUUAUUUUAAUUUUGGAGAUGUGCUCAGACAGCUUAAACUAGCAGCUAUAAGAAUACAAAUCUGUUUUAUAAUUACAAUUAUAGACUUCAUCGUAAUAAAAAACUGCCAAUAUCAACCUUUCUUAUGUCACAUCUACCGGAACAAACGGACUGAGAGCAUCAUCCUCUGACCGUGUAGAGAGAUUCAACACAGAACAGCAGAAAAGAAACAAGUUGAGACUCGAACAGAAAGUUUGACACGAAGUGUUCAGGAGGAGAUGCUCAUGUUUCACGUCAAAGCAAAACUGCAGCUUUGAUUUGGAAAAGGAAGUCUCUCUUCCAUUCUGUCUCUUCUCUGACAUCAUCCUAAUCCCCCCCGCCCAAUCGCCUGGAGUAAUCACACACACACACACACACACACACACACACACACACACAGACAUGCUUCUGCAAAGUGGUAGGGGACUGCAAAAAUCGUGACUUUGCACACACACAUGAAUGCUGGGGGGGGGGGAUUGCUAACGUCGUGACUGCAGCAGCCGAGCCAAUCUCCCCCCCCCCGGCACAGCUUGUUGAAGUGUGUGAAUGUUUUACGUCUGAUUGAUGCUGAAGUGCCAGAGAUCUGACUCCGUCCUGGAUGAAAGUGCUCCUCUCUGCGUCGUGCAUAUUCCUCCAUAUUCAUGACUUACUUCAGUCGGCUGGUCUCUAACGCAGAGAAGCAGCUUUGUGUCCGGCAUGCUGCAGAUUUACUAUUACAAUGAACGCCAGUAUUUAACAGCUCAUUAUGCUGUUGAGUGUUGCCUCCAGAUGGUCAAUCAUUUCCAUUUAUUAACCUUCGCAUUGCUUCCUUGUACCCACUUUAUUUGCACACGUUUCUGCAGAUUUGCAGCUUUAAGUUGUUGUAUGUUUUGAGUCAACUAUUACUUUUACUACACUUAAUUCCUCUCGUGUUAAACCAUAAUUAGCAUCUUAUAGUAGACAUUAAAGGGAUGUACUUCUUCAUAGUCAGGGUAUUACUACAGUACAUGGUGUACGUUAAUAAAGGUCUUCAUUAAGCAGACGGGAUGCUGAAAACAGGCGUGAACUCUUCUCUGUAUUGUUGUUAGGGUUAUUGACCCGUGCUUUGUUUCCCCUGCAGGAGAACCCAGAGCGUUGGUCAUGAACCUCUGAGGAGACAGGGCUCCUCCACCACCUGCCGGCCCCCUCAGCCGCUCUCCGCCCAGGCCAUCAAACACAUCUGGGUCCGGACGGCUCUGUUCGAGAAGGUCCUGGACCAGGUGGUCCAGUACAUCGUGGACAACUCCAGUAAAUACUACGAGAGGGAAGCUCUGAUGCAUGACUCAGUGUUCGGUCCCAUCCUGGCAGCCCUGCUGGUGGGGCCCUGUGCUCUGGAAUACACCAAACUGAAGACGUCGGAUCAUUUCUGGACCGACCCCUCGGCCAACGAGCUCGUCCAGCGCCAUCGUAUCCACGGAGCCCACCGGGGCCAAGACACCUCAUGCGGCCGCCGGCCCGCCCUCGGGAUCCGUAAGAGGCAGUCGAGCGGCAGCAUGUCAGAUGACCGGUUUGCUGCGUCAGCGAGGGAGUACGUGGAGUCUCUUCACCAGAACUCCAGAACACAUCUUCUCUACGGCAAAAACAACGUCCGGGUGCAGCCGAAGAAAGAGAUGGAGGUGUUGCGGGGCUACUUGUCGCUCCACCAGGCCGGAGAUAACCUCACCCUGAAGUGGACGCCCAACCAGCUCAUCAACGGCACGCUGGGAGACUGUGACCUGGAGAAGAGUAUCUACUGGGACUAUGCUCUGACUGUCCCUCUGCGCCAGAUCGUCUGUAUCCACUGUCACCAACGCCCUGAUUGUGGUGGCACACUGGUUCUGGUCAGUCAGGAUGGAAUCCAGCGGCCGCCUCUCCACUUCCCCCCCGGUGGUCACCUGCUGGCUUUCCUCUCCUGUCUGGAAACGGGCCUUUUACCUCGGGGUCAGCUGGAGCCCCCCCUCUGGUCCCAGAAAGGCAAGGUGAGUCACCUUGUUAGAGUUUUAUUCACAACCGCACUUUCAAGUUUGAAAAAGUGAAGUCAAAGCUUCAUGUGUUAAAGCUGC